AUGGCCGCCGUGGAAUGCGAGGCGAGGGGCCCAACGCGCAGGUUCCAAUACAUGUGGGCCGACGCGGGCAUCUCCGGCUUCUCGCGCUUGGCAGCGUUAAACCCUGCCAGGUGGAGCAGUUCCAUGAAACUGAACCGCCUCAUCGAAGAGCUGGAGUCGCUCUCCAGCAGCCGUCCCUUGAGGCUCUACAUGACCUCGGACGAGGAACAGCUGAACCGAGAGUUCGAUUCUGUCUCCGAUGCGCUGCAGUGGCUCCGCGCGCAGUUCCCCCGCGACGCCAACGAGGCGUUGGAGGAAGCACCGGCGGAGGGCGGCUGGUCGCUGUUUGGCAGCUGCCUGCAGCCCAGUGUGGCGGAACCCGAGUUGGAGGUAGUGCCCCCCUCCAACGCCGAGCACGACGACGGCGAGCACGACACGCCCGAUUCGCCGGCGCCGGCGGAUGAGGCCAGCCCCAGCAGCGCAAGCACUGCAGCGACGCCUGCGGGGCACGGUCUGGAGGGCGAGGCGAAAGUGCAGUAUAUGUGGGCAGAUGCACGUGUUUUGCCCAUCAAAGCCAUUCAGGAGCUCUCGCGCCACAACCCCGCACGCUGGAGCAAGGCGCAGCGGCCACUGGACCUGGCGGAGGAGUUGGAGGCGAUGGAUACCAUGAGGCCGGUGCUGCUGUCGCUCUCCACGUCCCGCGGUCAGCUGCAACGGCGCUUCCACAGCGCCGCGGCGGCGGCGCAGUGGCUGCGGAGCAGCUGCGGUGGCGACAUGCAGCGCUUGGAUGAGGAGCGGCUGUGUGUCAUUUGUUUGACGGCGGCCCGCACGGUGAUGUUGAUGCCCUGCCGCCAUGCCGUGCUCUGCGAGCGAUGCCUCGAAGUGCUGAUGGAAAGGACCCCAAGCAGCUGCCCGGUCUGUCGGCAGCGCAUCCAGAACCACGCGAGAGGGCAUUUCGUGGACGACUACGUGGAGCUGGUGAGGGCUUUAGAGAUGCGAAUGGAGCGCUCGCAGAUGGCUGCCUAUGAAGGGAUGUACAACCACAUUCGCCCCUUGAUGGUCACCGGUGCUCUCCUGGCCACGGGCGCAGCUGCAUGCUUUGUUGUGUGCCCACCUGCUGCCCCUGCGUUGCUCGCAGGUGCUGGGGUGGUCGGAUACCUUCCCUGGUUUGCCACCACUGUGGCCAACUUCGAGGAGGAACCGGUGGAGCAGCGUACCCAGCAGAUCUUCACCGCCGAGGACUGGGCGAGUCCUCUGACGCUGGGCGUCAAGGGCGUGGUGCUGCUGGUGGCGGCGCCCGUGGCGCUGACGGUGUUCUUCGUGCCCUAUGGCCUCUAUGCAGGUGUCCUGCGCCCCGUGGGCCGCUUGCUGGGCCGUCUCGCCCUGCGCGGCGCCGUGGCGUUGCACGUCUCGGUGCUGCGGCACGUGCCGGCGCUGCUGCGGGGCAUGGCGGACGGCGCCGUGGCGCUGGGGAAUCUGCUGGGAGAUGUGCUGGGCGUCACGGCUCAGGCCAUCUACGACUGGAUCCUGGCGCCCAGUUGGUCCGGCCUCCGCUGGCUGGCUUCGAAGGCCGCGGCCGGUGCCAGCUGGAUCUACGCGAACGCCUUGGUCCCGCUGGGCCGUGCCUUGCAAGGCUGCGGCGCGGCGGCCUGGCAUGGCAUGGAAAGCGCAGGCAGUGCGGUGUAUCACCAGGUGUUGGCACCCCUGGGCCGGCUACUGGCCCGUGGUGCUGAGGCCUUCUACGCUUUGGCUCUGGUCCCCGCAGCCUCUGCGAUCUGGACCGGCCUGCAGGGCUUGUGGAACCAGGUGCUGCUUCCCACGGCGGGCGCCACCUGGCAGGGCCUGAAAAUCCUGGGCCGAGCGCUGUCCGUGGCGGCGGAGUGGACCUAUGGAUCCGUGCUGCGGCCCUUGGCAGGAGAGCCACCGUGGAUCCCAUUGGAUCCCUGUGGAUUCCCUGUGGUACCUACCAUUGGCAUUUUUGGCCUAUUUUUCAGGAUGCGCGUACGGCCUUGUUUACUACUCGACCACAGGCCUUUGGAAUUACGUGCUGGUCCCCACGGCUGGUGCCACCUGGCAGGGGCUGAAGAUGUUGGGAGGAGCUUUGUCCUUGGCCGCCGAGCAGACCUAUGGAUAUGUGCUGUGGCCCUUGGCAGGAGGUUUGUACAGUUACCUCUUCCUUCCCGUGGUGAAUGGCAUCACCUUUCUGGCGGUCGGAACGGCGCAAGCUGUGGGCUAUGUGUUGAGCGCGGCCGCCUCUGGCGCGACACUGGUGGCCGGUGCCAGCUACCAAUAUGUGCUGCAGCCCUUGGGCUCCGCGGCGGCUGCCGCGGGUCAGGCCGUCUACAGCUACGUGCUGCGGCCGUUGCCAGGAGUCGUGUACAAUGUGUUGAGCGCUUGCGCCUCGGCCGUGGCGGUGGCGGCCGGCGGCUGCUACCAAUAUCUGCUGCUCCCCGUGGGUUCCGCCGCGGCAGAUCUGGGCCGGGCCACCUACAGCUACGUGCUGUUGCCUUGUGGUCGCGCAGGGAUGGCAGCGGCCAGCUUUGUGGUGCAGGUCACCACCUCCGCAGGGCAGACGAUCUACGUCCACGUCCUGUGCCCCGCGGGGCAGCUGAGCGUCGCCGCGGUGGAGGCCAUCGGCCGCAGCCUGCAGCAGGGCGGCCAGGCGGUGCGUGUGGCGUGCCAAAGCCUGCGCCGGGCCUUCUGAGACGACGGUGGCAAGGGCAAGGGCUGGUUUAG